AGUAGGCCUUUGUUUGACAGUGAUCUUUCUUUAUGUAUAAACAAAAGUAAUUUUGAUUCUAACUAUUUUUUCUUGCUUAAAAAUCUUCUAAAAUGAAUAAAACUACUGAUAAAGUGUUUCGUCGUAAAGUUAUAGAUAGCAUUACCAGAAUAAGUAAAAAUGAACCAGGACGCAAGGAUGCACCCCGUCCGAGAAGUAGAAGUGUUUUCACAAGCUCUCAUGUCAGUGAUGAAAUGCCUUCUAGAGAUAUGAUGAAAUUGGAAGGGCCCUCUAGUUGGCCACCCUACGUUCCUAAGCCUAUUACCGUAAAAAACUAUUUUACAGAUGAUUUUAAUGAUUAUUAUGGCGACGAUACAUAUCAAAUGAGCGGAACAGUCAUUUCGCCUCAUGGAGUAAUUACUUUACGCUUACAUGACCGCAUUCGUGUUGAUAUAUCUCCAGAACGCGCUGUUAGGAUUGCCAAUGCCAAAACUGGCAUCGUUUUGGCGCUCAGUGCCAGCGGGUCGUCGUCCGGUCUCAUACAUCCGAAUGGACGAGUAUAUCAGUAUGGUUCGAGAGUAGAAAUUAUGGCAAAUGAUAGUCAUGGCAAUGAUAAGUUUGCAAAAAUGUGGUACAAAGGAGUUAGCUUUAGCAGUAUGCAGUGUGCCUUAGUCUAUCUGGUUGACUCGGCCGGAACACGGACUACUACAGAUUCGUUUAACGAUUUGUCGCAGCAUGAUUUCACACUGAAUGUGUUUUAUGAAGAUUCACCAUAUUUAGAUCAAACACCGUCACCUACAACUACUACUCAGUUGGUCAACGAGGCCGUGAGCGUUCUGCAAGCUACUAACUACUGGUACACCGAGGAUGGUACUGAGAAUUGGAUAAUAAACAACGUACGAAUUUCGCAGACUGCCGAUGGAUUAGUGCGCGUUGGAAGAAACAGCAACAAAUUCUCGCUACGUACAUCCCCUACCAACGGAUCAGCUUCAAUUUCAUCCCCAUACAUGCACUGUACAGGCUCCAUGGGCCAGACAAGACACCUCUUCGUUCGAAGAGGCGAGAGACGCAUGCACUACGACGGGUCCACGUUCAUCGUACGCAACGCUGGACACUCGGCCGGUUUCGACGAAAAGCACCAGCUGAAAGUUUACUGAGGAAGCCCGCGCGCUCAGCACCGAAACGUCGACUGUGAAACGACGCCCCGUUACCAACGGGGAAUUUAUAGUUUUAUAUUGUGAGCGGUUUACACAUCGUGAAGUGUUUUAAUUCAUUGUAUUUUUAUAAGACAGUGAUCAUUUGCAUUAAAUUUUUGUUUUGACUUCAGGGGAUCGUUUUACUGUAUAAGAUUUGAAUAAAGCGGUUUGAAAAGUAAAAUA